ACUAAAGUCUUUAGCUCCAUCCUCCCUCAAGCAGCUGUAUGAGCGACCACUACAAAACAACAGAUAAUUGGACUCUGAUGCUUACUCAAAGCAAGAGAGGGUGAGAGACAGAGAGAGAGAAGCAGACGCCACGAGAGACAAAGUUAGCAACUGAGGGAUUUCCUAAAAAUGCUUUUGAUUUGAUGUCCAGUCAUCUACGCUGCUAAAGAGUUUAAAAUCGUCCUGACUGGAAGUAAAGAUGAAGAGUGUGACCGUCAGACUGUCCCAGCUGAUCGCCAUGACAGUUCUUCUCUGUGUGGGACGUUCUGCUCUGGAACUCAAUCCCAGCGUUCCAGAAGUCAUCCUGGACACAAACUCCUCCCUCAGCAUCACCUGCUCCGGCUGGAGUAACGUCACCUGGCACUUCAAACGGGACGAGAACGUCCCACAGUUCCACACCCAGAUGCGCGGUCCCACCUCCAGUGUCCUGAGCUUAGAGAACGUGACGUGGAGGCACACGGGCGUGUAUGUGUGCUUGGAGAACGGCACCAACGUGACCAGAGAGGUGGCCGUGUUCGUGCCUGAUCCUGAGGUGUGGUUUCUUGAAAAUGAGCACAUGAUGGUGACUAAGACACGAGAGGAAGGUACGAUCCCGUGUCUGGUGACGGACCCCCGGAUAAACGUCACCCUGUACGAGAAAGAGAGUGAGAUGCCGGUGGAGGGCUCGUACAACCCUAGCGUGGGCUACACCGCCGCCGUGGAGGACAGAAACUAUAAAUGCAAAGGAGAACUGAACGGGGUGGAGAAAGAGUCGAUAAGCUUCUACGUCUUCAGCAUCUUCUCUCCCGAGGCGCUGGACCCCUACAUCAACGCCUCCAAAACCAUCCUGAAACAGGGCGAGUCGCUGGACGUUAACUGCACCGUUCACGGCGUGGAGCUCGUCUACUUCACCUGGGACUUUCCCAACAAAGACAUGGGGAACAUUGAGCCUUUGACAGACAUGCUGUCUUCCAUGAGCAUGCGGUCCUGCCUCAACAUCACGGCCGUCACGCUGGCCAGCUCCGGAGAGUAUGUUUGUUAUGUCCACGAGAGUGUCCAAGAUCAGAGAUCUUCAGCAAGCAUCAACAUCACCGUACUCGAGAGCGGGUUUGUGUUUCUACAUCCACAUCUGGACCGGAACAUCUCGGCACAGCUCGGAGAAACUGUGAAGCUGAAGGUGGAGACCGAGGCGUACCCCAAACCCUCCGUCCACUGGAUUAAAGACGGAACCGUUAUCGGCGGACACAACACGAGACAGACUCACGAGACUCGGUUUGUCAGCACGUUGACUCUGGUCAGGAUUCGUCUGGAGCAGAUGGGACGCUACACCAUCAGAGCCCAAAACGAAGAUGACUUUAAAGAGAUGACCUUUGACCUAGAGGUGAAAGUUCCUCCUCAGAUCACUGAACUCUCGGAUCAUCACCUGCCCGGGAAGAAACACGCGGUCACCUGUGCGGCGGAGGGCGUGCCAUCUCCCAGCAUUCACUGGUUCAGCUGUGAUGGCAUGCCUAAAUGCAGUAACAGAAGUGCAGUGUGGAGCCCUCUAGUGGAGGAUCUAGGGAGUGUCAGUAUUCACACUAAUGUCACAUAUAACAACACACGCAAGAUUCACCAGGUGCACAGUCAGGUGAUUCUCCUGCGACCGCAGCUGCUCACCAUCCGCUGUGAGGCGAAGAAUGAGAGAGGAGCCCGAGCCAGAGACAUCAGACUCGUCAACAACACACUGUUCUCUCAGGUGGCGGUCCUGGCCGCUGUCUUAGUGCUGGUGGUGAUCGCCAUCAUCUUCAUCAUCAUCCUUAUCGCUGUGUGGAGGAAGAAGCCGCGGUAUGAGAUCAGAUGGAAGGUGAUUGAAUCGGUCAGUUUGGACGGACACGAGUACAUCUAUGUUGACCCCAUUCACCUGCCCUAUGACCUCACCUGGGAGAUGUCGCGAGACAGUCUGGUGCUGGGUCGCACACUGGGAUCUGGAGCGUUUGGCCGCGUUGUUGAGGCGACGGCAUAUGGUCUCGGCCGUGCUCAAUCAUCUACUAAAGUGGCGGUAAAAAUGCUCAAAUCGACGGCGAGGAGGAGCGAGACACAGGCUCUGAUGUCUGAACUGAAGAUCAUGAGUCAUCUCGGGCCUCAUCUGAACAUUGUGAACCUGUUGGGCGCCUGCACCAAACAAGGUCCGAUAUAUCUGGUGACAGAAUACUGCCGCUAUGGGGAUCUGGUGGAUUACCUGCACAGGAACAAACACGGCUUCCUGCAGCACUACGCAGACAAGAACCACAGCGGCACUGGAGACAGCGGUCAGAUCUGUUACGAUACCGACGACUCAACCGGGAAAGAAUACGUGUCGUUCGGCAGUGAGUUUGACGGAGGUUAUAUGGACAUGACUAAAGACGAUCAGAUGGAAUACGUGCCAAUGCAAGAGCUCACAGACUCUAUCAAGUAUGCUGAUAUCCAACCGUCCCCCUACGAGUCGCCGUACCAGCAGGACAUCUACCAGGAGCAAGGUCACAGUGUGGAUCAUUCUCUGGUCAUCAGUGAUUCUCCAGUUCUCAGUUAUAUUGAUCUGGUGGGUUUCAGUUAUCAAGUGGCCAAAGGCAUGGAGUUCCUCUCAUCCAAGAAUUGUGUUCAUCGAGAUCUGGCCGCAAGAAACGUGUUGAUCUGUGAAGGCAAACUGGCCAAGAUCUGUGACUUCGGCCUCGCCCGAGACAUCAUGCACGACAACAACUACAUCUCUAAAGGAAGCACGUUUCUUCCUCUGAAGUGGAUGGCACCUGAGAGCAUCUUUCAUAAUCUCUACACCUCACUGAGUGACGUCUGGUCUUACGGGAUUUUACUGUGGGAGAUUUUCACUCUGGGAGGAACUCCUUAUCCAGAUCUGCCCAUGAACGAGUUAUUCUACAGCGCUCUGAAGAGAGGUUACCGCAUGGUCAAACCGGCAUACGCCUCGGAGGAAAUUUAUGAGGUCAUGAGGAAAUGUUGGGAUGAGAAGUUUGAGAAGCGGCCCGAGUUCUCCUUUCUGGUGCACACGAUGGGGAACAUGCUCUCAGACGGAUAUAAAAAGCGAUACUCUCAUGUGAACGACAGUUUUCUGAAGAGCGAUCACCCAGCAGUGGCUCGUGUGAAGCCGCAGGUCCCCUCUCCGUUUCCGGGCACCUUCUCUCCUGGGUCUCCUGAGUCUCCCUCCUCACCGUUUCCUCCAGACUCCAACCUGAGCCCGACCACAGACGCUCCGCACAACGAGUACAUCAUUCCCAUCCCUGACCCGAAGCCAGAGGAAGAGGUUGCAUACGGCCUGGUGCUGGCAGAAAUCCCCUCGAGCUCCUUGAGCUCUGAUGAGGAGACGGUCUCCAUGGAAACCCCGAGUACUGAACCCGAGCGAGAGGAGCUGCUGCCGGAACUUUCUGGAACUCCAGAUGUGGAGGAGAGCUUCCUGUGACAUCCAACUUCCUGUCACUGAGAAGUGAAAAUUCGCAUUUUGAGCUGAUUAUUAGACACUUUUGUACAUCUGUGGAAAACAUCUGUGCAAAAAUACAUCAGAUAUCAAAGACUUUCUCAAAAUUGUAUAUACUUUUAGAGCAGUUAUUCUCGACUGGUGAGUCGCCACCCAAAUGUAUCGCAGGUGAGAUGCUGAAUGCGGAUAAAAUCAUAUAAUCGUGCAUAGUUGGGAAGGCAAAGUAAUUAACCUUAUCUUACAAGUGAAAAUCUUUCUCUUGGUACAAACUAGUCAAAUUGGACAGAUUUCAACAUGGACAGGUUGUGUGACACGACCUCAUUCUCAAAAACAAGCUCAUAGAAAAUACAAUCGAGACUAAAUGCACAAUUCACUUGCGGUGCGAGUAAACAUGGAUUGUGCCGACAACAACGUGUUUUGUCCACCGAAUUAUUGACUAACCAGAGCAUUCAAGAGACAUUUAGAAAACAAUAAUAAAUCAAAUUAAUACAUUGAAAUGUUUGAUGUUAAGGAUAUUUUUGUUUACCUUUGUACGAUAAGCAAUUACGGUACUGUGUUGCUCCACUUGAUGUCCAAUAUACAUGUUUUACCUCUUAAAAUAUAUGGACCCAUCGGCGGGUCAAAACGUUUAAACCGUUAAAGUCUCCGUAUACAUACUGUAAGUCAGGCAUAUGAGGUCUCAUUUGAAAGCUUAGAGUCUGUUCUUUUCAGAGAUACCAUCACUUCUGCAUUUAUGUUACUUAAAAUAACAAAAUAAGGCUUCAAAACAUUCACGUUGACAAUUAGCGCCCCCUAGAGGUAAUGGGGUAGAAAUGUUAUAUGAAAAUAAAAGUCCCUCAUACAGCACCUAAAUGGACAAGUUAUAUAGCAAAUGAAAGCUCUAAUUCUCAGGAACAUGACUGUAUAGUUUAUUUUGUUGCCCUAAUAACACAGUUUGAAAUAUAUAAAAAAAUAAUCACAAAGUGAAAUAUGAUGUCUGUAAGUUAUCAAUUACAAACGUCUCUUUUAUGCUCAGAUAACAGCUGCUGUAAGCCCCAAAUAGCCACAAACAAUAUAUCUGCUAUUACCUUAGGAAGUUCUUUAAUAAAUUAGCCAUUGUUGACUUGUCUGUGAGCUUAUGUGAAUAAUCCAAUGCUAUAGCUUAGAUGUCCAAAUAUGCCACCCAGCAGGAAAAGCAUGCUAAUCAAAUCAUCAAAAAAGUAUGUUUUUGAGUUUUGAUGAUACAGUUAUGAAAUUAUAAUGUUAUAUUAUCACAAAGGGGAGGAUCUCAGCUUUCUAAUGACCCCUAGAUUGAGCUUGUAGUCCACUCAGAGGCCGAGAUAUUCAAUGAAAUAAUGAGGGUGUUGCUUGAACUGAACAUUAGACUGAAUGUCUAUGGACGAGCACAUCUCUGAGGGCUCAUAUGUGUUAGAGUGCCCCCUACAGUUCACAUCUGUGCAUUGUGAUGGAAUGUGAUUGAGUAAAUAAUGUUUUUUAUAGUGUUUGCUGCCACCUAGUGGAAUAAAAUGAGACUUUUCAAAGUGAGAUAGAGUGAACAGAACCAGAAUUACAUGCUUACAAAUAUGGGGGGAAACAUAUCAUAAGAUUAUAAACACAUACAAUAUUAUUCACAAGUCUUUUUGGUUUAUUUGGGGGGUUCUCUGAAAAAUUAGACCCAUUUUUGGCAAUUAUUCCACAGUUUAAAGUGUUAAAGGACCGUCUGUGAAGGUCUGAGCAAGAACCAGAUAAUGACAAACUUUAAAUGUUUGUAUUCUUGUUUUAAUAAAAUGGUACAAUGCAGUAAUAUGAACCGCUGAAGGCAAAGCUACAAUCAGUUCAUGUACUUUUGUAAUUAUGUGUUUUAUGAGUUAUUAUCUGAUAUGAAUCAGUAGAUUUUACAUUUUGUGCGUUUUGAGUUAAAAUUCAUUCUCUGCUCAGAUUAUUUAGCAAAACGUUCAAAUUGUGUAUUCUAUUCAGGCUACAUAUUUCUAUUUUAGAUUUUAGCAAAUUAUAAUUCUUUUUAAAGAUACUUGUUGCAAAACUGCACUUUAACUUUUAAUGGAUAAUGGAAGCAAACUGACUAAACACAAAUGUAAGUGAUUAUAUGUGAUUUUAAUUGUAUUUUUUAUUACUUUGCAUAAAGGGAACCCAGACUGAACAGAAGGAUAGGUUAUCCAGCGAAUGUUUUUUGGGGUUUUGUAAUCAAGUUGCGUCCCUAAUAACAAUAUACGAUUCCAAAUGAUCAAAGUCGUGGUGCAUUACAAUCAGAAAGUUGGUGUUUUUUUCCAUCCUAAGCACAUGAAGUAUGUUUUUGGGUGUCAGAACCCUCGAUAUAUCUGAGAUUAAACUGUACAGCAUCCCAGGUUUUCGUUUUUAAAUGAAUAAGACCCAAUAAUACGUAAUAUAUACAUGCCAUCAAAUUUGAAAUCCUCUUGCACAAUGAUUAAAUCAUGCAAACACUUUAUAAUUACAGUUUUAUCUUGUUUUUCUUGAUUGUAACACUAGUUGUCUGUAUGCACGAGGCCUUAUUAAACUGCACAAUUCAAUACAUGUAUUACAUAGUAAAGUUACACACUCUACUCUAAGGUACCAAAGCUUUAUGUAUGUUUACAAGUAUAUUUUUGUAGAGAUAUUUUGUACUUUUUUCUUUUAAGCAUAUUAUGUACAAUAAAAAUGAAAACUGUGAUAA